AGGCAGAAUUGGGCCAUCUGUGCAAAAAUGCCCUAAAAACAGUACCUUUAAGAAAACUCUUGAAACAUACAGAAGAAAUGAGAGUCCACCACCAGUUCCAUGGAGGCCAUUGGACCCAACCUCUGAAUCCUUCUAGAUUCUUCUGGAAUGCGCCACCCUAACCGAUCUAUGCCGUUUCAUAUCCAGCCGACCGCUCCAUCGGAGCAUCUCACUUCCCGAAUUUCCAUCAAUUUCAUCCCUCAACCACACCGCUAGAGAAAUCGAAGAUGUUCGGAGUCGUCUUUCCCAAUCGAAGCUUUCCGAUGGACAUUUCAGCCUUCUCUCAAAUCGACACUUUCCAUUGGGUUCUUGACAUGAACACAUUUGUCGGUGAAGCCUAUGAUCAGAUUCGUGAAAUGUGCAUAUUCUUGUUGAAUAAUUUCACUCUUCCACCCGAUAAAGCCCUAGCUGUGUAUAUUCAGUCCCCUGGAUCUCAGUUUCUCUUCUGCGGUGCCGUAACCCUAGCCAGGCCCUCGGCGGUGCUAUCUCUUCCAUGGCCGGAGCCUGGUGGUCAGAUGCAACUCAUAGCGGCCGAUUCGGCUCCUAUCUCGGCUAAAAUUGGAGUCUCCGUCGAGGAUUUGGCUUCCCUGCAAUCGCUUGAUGUCACAGCCGGAAAAAGAAUCGAGCGUCUAGCCCUAAAAGUUGGUGAGAAUCUGUUCAAUUUCAUGCAAUCUUUCUGCGGUGUUGAUGGUUCGAAGUUGGUUGUGCCAAUGGAUAUCUUGGACAGAUGGUUCAAGAAGUUUCAGGAGAAAGCUAAGCGCGAUCCUGAGUACUUGAAAGGCUUCGUGUUGUAAGGCUCCAUUUAAUCCCCGAAUUUUUGUUUGUGGGGAUGAUGAGUUUUAGAAGGUUGUAAUGUAUGUAUGUUCAUUAAAUUCUGUGCUUGUUAUGGAUGGAAAAGCUUGAAUGUUGCUUCUAAUCUAUGAAUCACUGUUCUUCUGA